AUAAAGUACUCAAGAGUGUUAAAAACCAGUUCUUUUAAAUACAAGAAACGGAGAUACACAGAGGGAGUUCCGAAUGCAGAAAAAACCACUCAAGAGCGAAUAUACAACUGUGCCUAAAAGAUGCCUUAGUAAAGAGAAAUAAACGCCGGUUGAAGUUCAUUCAACUGAAGAAUGAAAUGAAAAGAGAGACUUCUACGGUAAACCAUGACCACUUAACCCGCGAUAACGAUAACACAAAGUAUCUCAAGGUUGCAACUGCAUUUGCGAUUAUCAAAUAUACAUAUAUAAUGUAUUUCUCUUUAUCAGCCAAAGAGCGUAUUUCAACCACAACCGCAAAAACAAACUCAAACUCGAGCUAAUCGCUGCAUAAAUUGCCUUUCGAAUUGAACAAUUGAACAGUCUCAGUUCGCAGCUCAAAUUGGAAAUAAGCGGCGUAGCCAAAACUCUUCCAAAAAAGCAAGUGUGAGCCAUAAAAAUAAUAUAUAUUAUUAAUAUUAACAAACCAGCUGUUUGCAUUCGCGUGCUUUGAAGUCAAAAAAUGAGAUUGGUCAUCUUGGAAACUAGCGAUUCGGUUGGCAAGUGGGCGGCCAAAUAUGUGAUGAAACGGAUCAACGACUUUCAGCCAACAGCCGACAAAUACUUUGUCUUGGGCCUGCCCACUGGCUCUACUCCCCUGGGAAUGUACAAAGAACUGAUUGAGUUCCACAAACAAGGAAAGGUAUCCUUUCAAUAUGUGAAAACCUUUAACAUGGAUGAAUAUGUCGGCCUUCCCAGAGAUCACCACGAGAGCUACCACUUCUUCAUGUGGAACAACUUCUUCAAGCACAUCGAUAUCGAGCCCAAGAAUGUGCACAUUUUGGAUGGCAAUGCAGCAGAUCUGGUGGCGGAGUGCAAUAAGUUUGAGGAUCAAAUCCGCGAGGCUGGAGGCGUGGAGCUGUUCAUCGGCGGCAUUGGACCCGAUGGACAUAUUGCAUUUAAUGAACCAGGAUCCUCGCUGGUUUCCAGAACUCGGGUCAAAACUCUAGCACAGGAUACACUGGAAGCGAAUGCUCGUUUCUUUGAGAAUGAUAUGAGCAAGGUGCCCAAACAGGCUUUAACUGUGGGUGUUGGUACCGUGAUGGACUCCAAAGAGGUGAUGAUCCUUAUAACGGGAGCCCACAAGGCGUUUGCCCUGUACAAAGCCAUCGAGGAGGGUGUGAACCACAUGUGGACCGUUAGUGCCUUCCAGCAGCAUGCCAAUACCCUGAUGAUAUGCGAUGAGGAUGCCACUUUGGAGUUGAGAGUUAAGACAGUGAAAUACUUUAAGGGCAUUCUCAGAGAUCUAGACGAAGGCUCCCAACAGGAAGGGCUACAAAAACUGAAAUUGCGUAAAAGCCUAAUGGACGUUCAUUCCAAGCUGAUAGAGCAACAGAAGACGACGUAACCUCAGAGGAUCAUAAAAAUAAAUGUAGAUCUUGAUAGCAUCAAACCCUGCAGUAUAGUUUUUCAAAUUAAAAUCAAACGAAUUUUUAUACAAUAAAAGUGUAUUUUAAAUGUAA